ACUUUUGGACGGCCGAAAUCGAGCUCGGAGCUCUGAAAAUAAGUUUUCGGGCCAAAAACACCUCUCUUAGAGGGUGUGAUUGGUAAAAGCAGGGAAGCGGGAAACAAAAGAGGGAAAUCUUGAAGUGGAGUGGGCUAGGGCACGCUUCUCUUUCAUCGCUAUUCCUCCAAACAGUCAAUUGGUCGCUGCAACUUAAUAAUUUGAAGCUCUGAUCUAAUCGAUUCAAGGAGAAGCUCGACCACUCAGACAAAUGUCGGGCAGGAAAGAAACAGUCUUGGAUUUGGCAAAGUUUGUUGACAAGGGUGUCCAAGUGAAGCUUACUGGUGGAAGACAAGUGACAGGAACCUUGAAAGGAUAUGAUCAGUUAUUGAAUCUUGUCUUGGAUGAAGCCAUAGAGUUCCUUAGAGAUGCGGAUGAUCCACUGAAGACCACUGAUCAGACCAGGCGGCUUGGCUUAAUUGUUUGUAGGGGAACUGCAGUAAUGCUUGUAUCACCAACCGAUGGAACUGAUGAGAUUGCUAAUCCUUUUCUCCAGCCAGAUGGGGCCUAAAUGUUACCGAGCCUUUCACCUCCCUGCCCUAAAACUGGUUUCUUCUAUUGUUAUCACUUGGCUUGUAAAAGCACAAAUUGGACUCAAAUUGUAGGAAGUUUGUAUGCUUCUAUUGGAAUUAUCUGUCGACUGUCAGGUGGAACAGCAUUAGAUGUCAUAGAGCAUGGUUCUUUUGUUUGAACUUUAUCUGCUUUGAACUGGUAAGUAGUGUUAGGAUGUCCCUUGGAAAUGAAUUUGAUUUUCACA